UGCGGCAUCUAGGGAGGCGGGGCGAGGCCUCCUUGUGACGUCAGGACGCCGCGGUCGGGACGUUGGAGCCCAGGGAAGACAAGAGUCAGCCGGGUUGGGAGCCGUGCCGCGGCCGUGUUGCUCUCGCCUUGGGCCGCUGGUGACGAGUCCCGGGGGCGAUCAGCCGAGACAGUGAAAAGGCAGUCUGGCUCCCGCGGUCCACCCCUUACACCCCAAGGUCCAGAUGGCGGCCAACGUGGGUGAUCAACGUAGCACAGAUUGGUCCUCUCAGUACACCAUGGUGGCCGGGGCAGGCAGAGAGAACGGCAUGGAGACUCCCAUGCACGAGAACCCGGAGUGGGAGAAGGCCCGCCAGGCCCUGGCCAGCAUCAGCAAAGCAGGAGCCGCUGGCAGCUCCGCCAAGGCCAGCAGCAAUGGACCCGUGGCCGGUGCACAAUACGUGUCGCAGGCAGAAGCCCUGCAGCAGCAGCAGUACUACCAGUGGUACCAGCAGUACAACUACGCCUACCCCUACAGCUACUACUACCCCAUGAGCAUGUACCAGAGCUACGGCUCGCCUUCCCAGUAUGGGAUGGCCAGCUCCUACGGCUCAGCCACACCCCAGCAGCCAUCGGCACCCCAGCACCAAGGGACUCUGAACCAGCCCCCGGUCCCCGGCAUGGAUGAAAGCAUGUCCUACCAGGCCCCCCCUCAGCAGCUGCCGGCAGCCCAGCCCCCUCAGCCCUCCAACCCUCCCCACGGGGCUCACACUUUGAACAGCGGCCCCCAGCCCGGGACGGCCCCAGCCACCCAGCACAGCCAGGCAGGGCCCGCCCCGGGCCAGGCUUAUGGGCCGCACAGCUACCCUGAGGCUGCUAAGCCCAAGAAGGGCCAGCAGCUCUGGAACCGCAUGAAGCCAGCCCCUGGGACUGGUGGUCUCAAGUUCAACAUUCAGAAGCGGCCCUUUGCCGUCACCAGCCAGAGCUUCACCUCUGCCUCGGAGGGCCAGCACAGCAGCUUCGGCCCCCAGCCCAACCCCGAGAAGGCGCAGAACCACAGGGGGAGCCUGUCCGGGAAGCCUGAUGACUGGCCGCAGGACAUGAAGGAGUACGUGGAGCGCUGCUUCACGGCCUGCGAGUCGGAGGAGGACAAGGACCGGACGGAGAAGCUGCUCAAGGAGGUGCUGCAGGCCCGGCUCCAGGACGGCUCGGCCUACACCAUCGACUGGAGCCGGGAGCCUCUGCCGGGGCUGACUCGGGAGCCUGUGGCUGAGAGCCCCAAGAAGAAGCGGUGGGAGGCCCCUAGCAGCCUUCAUCCUCCCAGGGGGGCAGGCUCAGCGACAAGGGGCGGGGGUGCCCAGUCCCAGCGAGGGACACCAGGGGCUGGGGGUGCUGGCCGAGCCCGGGGCAGCAGCUUCGCCAAAUUUGGCAACCGCAAUGUCUUCAUGAAGGACAACAGCUCCUCCUCCAGCACGGACUCCCGCUCCCGCUCCUCCUCCCGGUCCCCGACCCGCCACUUCCGCCGCAGUGACUCCCACUCGGACUCCGACAGUUCCUACUCAGGGAAUGAGUGUCAUCCUGUGGGUCGCAGGAACCCGCCCCCCAAGGGCCGAGGAGGUCGGGGAGCCCACAUGGAUCGGGGCCGAGGCAGGGCGCAGCGUGGGAAGAGGCACGAUCUAGCUCCCACCAAGCGCAGCCGCAAGAAGAUGGCAGCGCUGGAGUGUGAGGACCCCGAGCGUGAGCUGAAGAAGCAGAAGCGGGCGGCCCGCUUCCAGCACGGACAUUCCCGCCGCCUGCGCCUCGAGCCCCUGGUGCUGCAGAUGGGCAGUCUAGAGAGCAGCGGGGCUGACCCUGACUGGCAGGAGCUGCAGAUCGUGGGCACCUGCCCUGACAUCACCAAGCACUACCUGCGUCUCACCUGUGCCCCAGACCCAUCUACCGUGCGCCCUGUGGCAGUUUUGAAGAAGUCACUGUGCAUGGUCAAGUCCCACUGGAAGGAGAAACAGGACUAUGCCUUCGCCUGCGAGCAGAUGAAAUCCAUCCGGCAAGAUCUGACGGUGCAAGGUGUGCGCACCGAGUUCACGGUGGAAGUGUACGAGACGCAUGCCCGAAUCGCCUUGGAGAAGGGUGACCACGAGGAGUUUAACCAGUGCCAGACGCAGCUCAAGUCACUGUAUGCUGAGAACCUGCCAGGCAACGUGGGUGAGUUCACGGCCUACCGGAUCCUCUACUACAUCUUCACCAAGAACUCCGGAGAUAUCACCACGGAACUGGCGUAUCUGACACGGGAGCUGAAGGCAGACCCUUGCGUGGCCCACGCCUUGGCGCUACGGGCAGCCUGGGCUCUGGGCAACUACCACCGCUUCUUCCGGCUCUACUGUCAUGCGCCCUGUAUGUCUGGCUACCUCGUGGACAAGUUUGCAGACCGAGAGCGCAAGGCUGCCCUCAAGGCGAUGAUCAAAACGUAUGUGAAGCUGAGCUUCCCCCGGCUCUCUGCUCUGCCGGCCCCGCCGCCACCCUCCUCCCUGUCAUCCCCCCCCUCACGCUCCUGGCCAUCAGGCCUCCGGCUCCAGAGCCCUUGUGUCCCCUGGUCGCCCUCCCUCGUGUCCUGGUCCUCUCUCCCGUCUCGUCUUUCCACACUCAGCCCUCCCUCAGAUCCUCCUGCUUCCCUUCACACAGCCCACCCUGUUCUGGGCCGUUCUCUGCCUCACUGCUCCGGGGGUCACUCUUCAUCCCUCUGCUGCUCUCUUUCUCCUGCUCAAGUCACCCUGGUUUCUAGUUCGUUUUCUUCUUGCUCUGGGCUCUUGGCUUCCUGCCUUGAGGUCUCUGUCCGCCUGUCUUUUGCGGCUCUCCUGUCGCUGAGCUCCUUGCUCUGUAGAGACAAACUAGAAAGGCGGGCCUGCUCUUGGCAGCUUCUGGUCUGGUCUAACGGGACAGGGCCCCAUUCCCACUUGAGGUCCUUUGAGACUGCAGACAAUGUUUAGGGAAAUAGGCGUGACAUGGGGGCCAGCCAGACUGGGGGUGGUACUUAAAAAGAGCACGUCCUCGGCCCACCAGGUGUUGCAUGUGCCCACUGUGCGUGGGUGCGUGUGUGUGUGUGUGUGUGUGUUGGGGGGUGGGGAUGCUUGGGUCCUUGGAAGUGAGAAGCCCCCAGGGGAUGGAGGGCAAUAUAAGGAGACCACUUUUAUUGUCACAACUAGGGGGUACUACUUCUUGAGUGGGUUGAGACCAGGGGUACUGCUAAACAUCCUGCAGUACACAGGAUGCCCCACAGCACAGCAGCAUCCAGCCCCCAGGUGUUAGUCUUGUCGAGGUUGAGAACCCCUGGUCCGAGGUUAGGAGCCAUGGGGAUGGUUUGGAGCUGGGGAGGGACAGUCAGCUUGAAGGACAGGAGAUGUGCUCUAGAUCCAGUUUAGGUCAAGAAGACUUAAGGCAGAGGCUGAGCCAGGGCAGUGGCACAGACAUAGAGAAGAGGACGUGGGGCAGAAACAUGGAGGAAGCAGGAUGCACAGGGCCUGGUUUACCGACCUGGGAGUGAUGAGGGAAGUGGCCAUGUGGCUGAAAGCUGCCCUGGCUGCCCUCAGAGUCCACCUCUGUGACUAGACAGACUCCGUCAGGGCAGCUCCCAAGCCCCCGGACUGUUCCGGGGCUGUAGCUGGGCGAGCUCUUAUUCCUGGACCAGGUUUAUAUGCUGGCCCUUGGUCGGGGACCCAGCCGCGAAUGGGCCUCUGGGAGGGGCCCUGGUUGUUGGCCGCCUGCUUUCAGGCCUUCCCACUUCCAAAGGUGGCGCUGCCUUUCCUUGGCAGACGUGCCCCCCCCACCCCCACCCCAUCCCAGAGCCGGGUUCCUGCAGGGCAGCCAGGAGGCCAGCUCAGAAGUGAGGGCAGCAGGCUCUCCAGGGCUGAGACAAAGCUUGGGCUCGAGGCAGGACUGGUUCAGGUGCUUUCUGCCACUCCCUCCCUAGGUGACGCUGGCCAAGUGGCCCUGUUUGGAACUGGUUGCCUCAGUGUGUGUUUAUAAAGGG